AUGGCUGAGAUGGUCGGAUCUCUGGUCGUCGGCGAGGUGGUCAGCAGGACCUCCUCGUUCCUCGUCAGCAAGCACAAGGAGAGGUCGGCGUCGGCCUGCACAAGCGAGAGCCUGGAGAGGCUGGAGAUGGCGCGCAUCAAGAUGGAGGCGGCGCUGGAGGUGUCCGCCCGGUGGCAGGUCACGGACGUGGCGAUGCUCCGGUGGCGGCGGAGGCUGCGGCGCGCCGCCGACGAGUGCGAUGCCGCGGUGCACCGCUGGAAGCUGCGGGCCCUGGAGGAGGAGGAGGCCAGGGAGGCGCUCGCGCGCGCGUGGCUCCCGAGCCGGGUCGCGCGCAUCGUGGCUUCCUUCGUGUCGUCGCUCCUCAGCCGCCGCAGCGAGGAGCCCCACGCGAAGGCCGUCCAGAGGUUCGAGAAGCUGGCUGACGGCGCCGGGGAUUUCCUGAGGUACCUGCAGUCCGGCGGCGCGCCUCGGAGGUGCUCGCUGCUCGACGACGCCAUUGUCGGGAAGCCUGCUGUGAGUACGAGUACGAGGCAUGGUCUGGUUCAGGGAGGUCGGCAGCGCUGCCUGCGCUCAGGAUCCAGGAAGAGCGGGGUGGAGAUUAGACAGCUUGUGCAGUGA